AUGGUGGAAAUCAAAGAGACUGCUGCUCCCUCUUCGCCACCGUUAUCCGACACUCCCCGGUCCGCCUCAAAGAACGAUGCCGAUGGUGGGCCCCGGAUAUUAAGUCCGCCUGCGGCGGCGCACGAUGUCGAGAAACGACUCGAACCCGGCCUCGACAGCAGGUCGAACACGGAUAACGGGGAUGCUGCCGGAGGCGACCACACCAGCCCUUUCGCCUUCACCCCCACCAAGCUCCACGAGCUUUCCGAGGCGAGAACCACGACCGCUCUCGAUGCCUUGGGCGGGCUCCCGGUCUCGCCGCGGGUCCUUUUGCGCCUCGCCUGGAUCGCUUUCAACGACAAGCUCAUCAUCCUACUGUCCAUCUCCGCCACCAUUUCUCUCGCCUUGGGCAUUUACCAGUCCGUCGACCCCGAGGAGGGCACCUCCAACGUCGAAUGGGUGGACGGCGUCACCGUCGUGGUUGCCAUCCUCGUCAUUGUCUUUGCGAGCGCGGCCACGGAUUGGCAAAAGAAUCACAAGUUUGAGAAGCUCAACGAGCGCAAGGAGCAGCGCGACGUCACCGUCGUGCGAUCCGGAAAGCCCCAGAGAAUUUCUAUCCACCAUGUCCUCGUCGGCGAUUUGAUGCGCGUCGAGGCCGGAGACAUUGUCGCCGUCGAUGGUGUCCUCGUGCAUGCGGCAGGCAUCCAGGUUAACGAGUCCUCCAUUUCGGGCGAGUCCGAGCUCGUGCACAAGCACCCCGUGUCCGAGAUGCACCCUACUGCCGACCCUUUCCUGCUCAGCGGCACCACCGUGUCUGCCGGCUACGGUACCUACCUCGUCACCUCGGUCGGCGUCAACUCCACCUACGGGCGCACUCUCAUGUCUCUGCGCCACGACGUCGAAGAGACUCCGCUGCAGCAGAGGCUCGGCAAGCUUGCCAAGCAACUCAUCACCGUCGGCGCCAUUGCCGGCUCCAUAUUUUUCCUCAUCAUCUUCAUCCGCUUCCUCGUCCUCAUCCUUGCUGUUACUGUCAUCGUCAUCACCGUGCCCGAGGGCCUCGCUCUCGCCGUCACCAUUGCGCUCGCCUUCGCCACCUCGCGCAUGCUCAAGGAUAAUAAUCUCGUCCGCCUUAUCCGCUCCUGCGAAAUCAUGGGAAACGCCACCUGUGUCUGCUCUGACAAGACCGGCACCCUCACUAGGAACGACAUGGUUGUUGUGGUUGGUACUGUUGGACGCCACGGUCAGUUUAGCGAUCACACGGGCCGGAGCACGGCAUCCGAUAACAGCGUCGCUGCCCCUCGCGCCCCUGCUUCCGAGACCGACUCUGUGACUGCUGGCUCCUCGGCUGGCGAGCUUCCUGUACUCCCCACCUCUAGUGCGCUCACGGACACGCUCGACCCGGCGAUAAAGCAGCUCAUCAGGGAGAGCGUGGCUUUGAACUCCACCGCUUUUGAGAGCGAUAGCCCGGCCUCCGCCGCCGAGGCCUUUAUCGGCUCGAGCACCGAGUCUGCUCUGCUCAAGUUCGCCCGAAACCACCUCGGCAUGGGUCCUUUGAACGAGGAGCGCGCGAAUAACACGGUUCUGGAAAUGAUCCCAUUCGACUCGGAGCGCAAGUGGAUGGCUGCCGUGGCAAGGCUGGGCAACGGGAAAAGCCGCCUCUUCGUCAAGGGCGCGGCAGAGAUGGUUCUCGAAAUGACUUCUCGCGUCAUUUCCUUGUCGAAAGAUACUGCUGGAGAGCUCAGCUCCGAGGAGUUUACCAAGGAGGAUGCCAAGGCUAUUUUGGAUAUCGGCCACGGUUACGCGACGCAGAUGCUUCGCCCCAUUACCCUCGCAUACAAGGAUAUCGACGACGGGGACGCCGGAUUCACCGACCUGGACAACGUGGACCCCGCGCGUCUGCGCGAGCUUGUGCACGACCUGACCUUUAUCGGCGUUUUUGGCAUCCAGGAUCCCCUACGUCCCGAAGUGAUCCGAUCCGUCCGCCAGUGCCAGGAGGCGGGCGUGUUUGUGCGCAUGGUCACCGGUGACAGCUUCCUCACUGCCAAGUCCAUCGCCACCGAGUGCGGCAUCUACACGGCCGGAGGCAUCGCCAUGGACGGCCCCACUUUCCGCCGGCUGACCCCUGCCCAGCUCGACCUCGUGAUCCCCCGCCUUCAGGUUCUUGCUCGCUCCAGCCCUCAGGACAAGCUCACCCUCGUCACUCACCUCAAGGGCAUGGGCGAGACUGUUGCCGUUACUGGUGACGGUACGAAUGACGCGCUUGCGCUCAAGGCGGCUGAUGUGGGAUUCGCGAUGGGUAUCCAGGGAACCGAGAUUGCCAAGGAGGCGGCGUCUAUCAUUUUGUUGGAUGACAACUUUGCGUCCAUUGUCAAGGCGUUGAGUUGGGGACGUACUGUGAAUGCAGCAGUGAAGAAGUUCCUUCAGUUCCAAUUUACUAUCAACAUCACCGCUGGUACCCUUACAGUCAUAUCUACCCUCGCUGGAGACACCAUGUUCACCGUCGUGCAACUGCUUUGGCUCAACCUCAUCAUGGAUAUUUUCGCCUCCCUUGGCCUAGCCACCGACUACCCCUCCAAAGACUUCUUGAAGCGCAAGCCCGAGCCACGCGGCGCCCCCAUUGUCACCGUCACCAUGUGGAAGAUGGUGCUCGCGCAGGCAAUUUACCAACUCGCGGGCGCGCGUCUCCUCCAGACCAUGGUGUUCAACACCUACGUCUUUAUGCAGCUGUUCAACCAACACAACUGCCGACGUGUCGAUAACCACAUCAACAUCUACUACCAAGGCGUUCUCAAAAAUCCUUGGUUCCUUGGUGUGCAAUGCCUAACGCUUGCGGGGCAAAUGGUUAUUGUCUGGAAGGGCGGGUCGGCCUUUGACACCCACCCGCCGACCGGCGCUCAGUGGGGCUGGACCAUCUUUUUCGGCGUUAUUACUAUCCCUCUAGGUAUGGCUAUCCGCCAGGUGCCGGAUCGAUAUGUCGCGACCCUGUUCCGUGGUAUCAAGCGCGGGCUUUCCACCGUAUUCGGCCCUCUUGCCAAGCUUAUCCCCAAGAGGUGGCGGAAGAAGGCGGAAGAUGAGGUGGAGCUCGGAGUGGAGUCGUGGGUCCUCCGGACCGGCUCGGCGCUCCUCCGUCCCGUCAACUACCGCUGGGGUCCUACGGCAAGCAACGAUCACCACCAGCCCGUUUUGGGAGGUGGCGCAGUCAUUAUCCCUCCCAUCUCGCCCAGGAAGGCGGAACCCGACUUCUCUCCUCCCAAUUCGGGAAAGCCCAUUGACUUGUUGGCGCUGAUAAUUGCGUCUCGGGCGAAGAGGGGCAAAGGACCAGUUGAGUCUGGACUCGAAGAGCACCCGGAUACAAAGGACGAAGACCUGGAGCUCUUUGCUGGCGCCAAAUCAGAUUCCAAGGGUCCACCGAGCCAGGAUCCCCGGAUCCUCAAACUGCUUAACCUGCCGAUGUAA